AUGUUACCACGUUGGGCGCUAAGGUUUUUGGUCGUUGCUGACGUCGCCAGUGUCUUUGGUGAUUAUUGCGUGUGGAAUUUUGGGAUGGUGCUCGCGCUGCCGCUCGCCGCGGCGGACUGGCAGCAGCGUGCGGGGUGGUGGCUGCUGCACGCGGAGGCGCGCCUCGACGCGUUCCUCGAGAACGCGGACGCCGCCACCCUCGACGCGCUGCUCGCCGUGCUCCCCACCGCCUCGCCUCCGCCCACCAGCGGCGGCGGGCGCAACGGCGGGGGUAUCAGCGCGGGAGGCGCGCGGAACGGGCAGGGCGGGAGGCGCAUGGGGCGGGAGCUGCUGAUGCGCGCAUUCGGCCGCGCUACUAGGCCGGGGGGUCAGAAGCAGGGGCAGAAGCAGGGGGGACAGCAGCAGGGGGGAGCGCAGCAGGCGCCUGCAGUGAGCGGGUAUGCUGUGCUGGCGGGCAGCAGCGCAGCAGGUGUGACGUGGGGCGGGCAGCUCAUGGGCGCCAAGACGCUUGCCGCUGCUGCUUGA